CAACAGGCAGGAGAAGGCCAGGAAGAUGGCCGACGCAAACUACGCUGGUGGGUGGGUGAGUGGGUGGGGAGCAAAAAAGCUGUAGAGGAGAAUGCGCACGAAAAUCGCAGGCAAGUCAAGCCUGACGGAUGUCUCUUCUCUUUUGUGUGUGUCUUGCCUUUUGCAGGGCCGUCGCUAGAGGAAGUGUGUGACGUGUGGUUCCAGAUCCUCAGCGGCCUCCACCAACUGCACCGGAAACAACGUCAGCUCAGUCAAUACGAUACACAUUCUCCCCCCCCCCCACACACACACACUGGAGGUUGAUAUUAUGUGAUGUGUCCGACUUCUCGUGCAGUCAUCCACCUUGAUAUGAAGGAUGACAACUGCAUGGUCGGCCAGGACGGCAAGACCGUGAAGGUCGGAGAUCUAGGUGAGCACGCGGCAGCAAAGAUCCCACUGUCCUUGGUAGAUGCGAGUGUGGGUGUGGCUGCAUGUGCGCAGGGGCGACCAGAGUGCACAACCCCGACUCCCGGAGGCACAUGGACACCAAUGUGGUAAGUAACAAAGGCACACAGACAGACAGAGAGACACACGGAGCGCCAAGGAGACAUGCCAACACAGAUAAAUAAAGCCCUUUCUCCCAUGCGUUGUCUUUCUUGUUGUGUGAAUAGGUGGCUCUCGGCAUGCGAGCGCCCGAGCUGCUCAUGGGCACGAAACGAUACGGCCCUGAAGUAGACGUCUGGUAAGUCAGUGAGCGGACCCCCUCACACACAUAUCACCACACCGACCUGCCAUGCCGCACCAUCAUGAUUGUGUGUGGUCCUUUCCGCAAUUUGUUACGGACAGGGCGGCCGGUGUCACCAUUGCUCAGUUCGCGUCGGGCAGGAUGCCUUUCAUACCGACGCGGCUCACCGACGACAGAGAGGUAAGCUGGGCUGGGGGAGAAAGGGCGUGUGUACGAUAACACACUUCCGUUCUUGGUCCCGCUUUUCGUGUGGUGCAGGAGGAUUUGCUGGGAUGCAUAGCGGCCAGUCGUGCGACACCACCAUCGCUGCACUGGCUGCACAUCGACCGCCCAUUCACACAGAGGCUGGUACGUAUGGUCACACAGACAGAGGUGUGUGGUGUACAUAGAAUUCUGUCCCUUUCUCUCUUUCUCUGCGUCUCUGGGCAGCGCCAUCGACGGCUUGCCGUUCGUGAAGAUCUGGAUGGAUCGGUCUCGCGCGCGGCCACUCACGGUCUGCUGUCACGCUCUAAAGAGCAAGGCUGUUACGGCCGCUUCGACAUCGGUCAGGACCAUCCUUUAGUGGAUCUGCUCGAUAGGUGAGGGACAUAGAUACACGAAUGCAUGCGGCUCUCCAUCGGCUGACCGACUGCCAACUUGACGUUGUCUUAUGUGUGCAGCAUGCUGUGUCUCGAGCCUACUUUCCGCCUCACAGCAGAGCAGGCUCUGAACCACCCCGCCCUUGCCGCCGCCAGAGCACAACACGGUGAGUAAUGAAGAGACACACGACACACCGGCAGAAGGAAUGCACCUGCUGACGUGUGUGUGUGCACCACAGAAUGCUCAUCAGCGGCUGUUCAGGCCGCUGCGGCCCACACUGGCCUCAACCAUAGCGUCGCCCCUGAGGCGCCUCUGCCGAGAGAGGUCCAAGACGUGGAGAUGAAAGAAAACGACCCAGAGCAGCCCAAAGACCCCGCAGCGUCCACACACGGCUUGGGCGGCAGUGUUCGAGGGUGGAAGAGGGCUCGUGAAGAUGGCCACCAACAUGACGAUGCGGGCGGUGAGCCAGCAGGAGACGUCAACAAAGGAUUCGGUCGCCAAGAAAGUCAGGGUGCCCCAUUCCAUGCCCCACCCAACGGCAGUGCGUCAGCGGCCGCAGCAGUGGUUCAGCCUCUCGACCAGCCCAUGCACGGUAUACAAAUACACGGACAAAAGAGCCUCAGACGCGCACGGACAGAAAUCAUGGUGUUUCGUGUUUCCUCUCCCAGACCCACACAACAACGGCGGCGAGCCAGCCAGAGGUGGAGAGCUUCAGCAGCCAGACGUCAACAUGGCCGAUCCGCCUCCCCACCCUGAUGACGAAGGUCACAGCGGCCGUCAUGCGGCCAACAAUCAGCCUCCUGCCAUUCAUGGUCAGCCUCCCCCUCCUACGGGCAACGCUGCUGAUGCAGACCGACGAGCCGACAACGGCCAUCGCUCACCAGCGUCAGCAGCGGGUCAGCCCCAGGCCGGUGAGGCGCCUGACCAGGCCGUACACCAGGAUGAUGGCGGCGACCAGCAGCGCCUCGACCCCGCAGGCAUCGAGUCGAGUCGGAGAGGGGCCAAGAGGGGCCGCGAUGACGACCGUGACGAGGGGGGUGAUGAGAUGGGGGAUCAGCCUCAGGGCGAGCUUCCUGACCAGGACAUGCCGCCCGUCGGUCACCCCGGUGGUGAUGAGCAGGCCGAAAACGCCGCUGACGAAGGCCGCGGAGGGGCAGUACUGCUCCCCGAGCAGGCCGAGCCUGCUGCCAAGAGGCGUCGACGAAUCCCACCCGACGAGCAGCCACUGAAACGCCUGCGCCGAUCUCCACGGCUACGGAAGCGCAGGAGACGGGAGGAGGGACACGAGUGAUCGAUUGACCGACAGGUGCAUGGUGUGUACGUGCUGGAAUGUAUUGGGAUGGGGGGAUGUAGAUGUCGAUGUAUGGAUCAAUGUGCUGCUUAAGCGUUGUUGGUCGGUUUUUGGCGGUGAUCGCAGGCAGUGUACUGCCUUCUUUCGGCCGCCCUUAGCAAGGCAGGCAGAUAGGGAGGGAGGGAGACGGGCUGCCACCGGCUAGCCCCCUGCUCAUUCCUGCUCCUGGCUUUUGACAGGAGGCUUCGCCGAGAGUGCAGUCCAGGCUGUCCAGCACGUCUAGAUUCGUUCAUUCAGCUUAGGGAUCUAGCUAUCUACUUACUUACCCACCAGUACCUCCCUCUAGCUUCAUGUCCUCCAUCGUUGAGCGGACAGAUUACUUGCGUGUUGACGGACCCAUGCAUGUGAUCGAUACAUGUUCAUGUGUCUCUUACAUGAAUGCAC